UGGAGUUACUUAAUUCUAACCUCUGAAUCAUUCAGGCAUGAAAAAGAACCAGUGUCGACACAAAGACCUUGGAAACAGAAAAUGCUUUAAAUUCUACCUUCAGACUUUUUCUUACUAGCAUGAAUAAAUAAAUGCUUAAGAAAGGAAUGAUAAUCAAGUUUGGCAACCAUGCCCAUCUAGAUAAAAAUGUCCCAUUAGCUAAGUCAAUAACUCAGUGUCCGUGCAGAGUGUCCUCAAAUAUUUGAGAAAACCUGAUAAAAUCUGACGGACUCCACAAAUCAUUUCCAGUAGAACAGAAUCUAGCGGUAUUUAAAAAAAACUAAAAAUUCUAGGUGGCAAAAUUUCUGAGAGACUGGUCAUCCACUGCAGUGGUCCCCAAACCAGGGGCAGAGCUAGACUUUUAUUAAGGGGUGGCCAAGGUGUGUUUUAGGGGGCCACAUGUGAAUUGAAAAAAAGAAAUUCAAGAUGGCUUUCACAGCCAAUUUCAAAUAAGUCAGACAUUAUUGGAGCUACUGAACUGAAACCUGAUGUUUUGUAACUCAUCAAAGGGAAGACAAUGUUCAUAAACAUCUCAGACAGAGAAAAAUCCUCAACUGACAAGACAGGAGGACACAGAAUAUAAAGGAAACCUAAUUAACUCAAAACACCAACACCUGUGAGAUAAUUGGGAACAGGUGAGAGUGGGAAGACCAAUGGAGAAACAGAGAGGAGCAGGUAAAAACAUUAUGAUACCUUCAGAUCUUCUCUCUCCAUGCACUGAGUCGUCCCAAGAAUGACUGCUGAAUAUUAGUCAGUUUUCUGACUGAUGCUACUUUUAUAUGUGUGGUUAAAUCAGCUUUUUCAGCUUUCUGUAAAUUUAUGGUGGCAGUAAACAAACUCAUGAAGAUGAUGAAUGUGAGUCAGUUUAGCUGCAGGAACUUUGGCACAGUGUGGGAGGAGCAGACAGACAGCCAGGAGGAGAGCUCCUGUCAUUUAUUGACUCCCUUUAGGUUCAAACAUUAGACGUGGAGCAACAGAGGAUGUGUGUUUAGGAUUUGAACAAACACAAACUGUGCUCCUGCACUCUCAUCAAUGAGUAAAAUAUGUGUGAAUUUCUCAGGACUGUAAUAAUCCCGACAUUCACAACCCUCUCUGUAAACACGCUCCCAGCAUCCAGUGUGACGUUCUUUACAAUCUGCAUCUUGAGUCGURAGUUUGAGUUGGCUUUACUAACUCUGCUUCCUUUUUAGGGCAAAAUGAAGACUGAUGACAAAAAUAAAAUGAACUCUCUUGAGAAGCACAACAUCCGCCGAGUCUCCUUUACAGCUCCCGCAGACGAAGGAGUUCGAUGGAGAACCGGAUCUGAAGUGUCCAUUCCAGAAGAUUUCGUUGAGGCCAGCAGAAAGGUUCAUCACCCCUCACUGUUUGGAAAAUACCACCAAAGCCUGCAGACGCUCAAGCCCUUCCGCUGGACCUCAUCACAAUCCCACCCGUUGGACAAUGCCGGCUUCUUGUCCUUUACAACCUUUGCCUGGAUGACCCCCAUGAUGUGGGCCAUAUUCAAGAACAAACUGGACAUCUCCUCCCUCAGYCUGUCUGAUUAUGAUGCAGCCGACACCAGUGGAGAGAGGCUGCAGAGACUCUGGGAUGAAGAGGUGGUAGAUAAAGGCCUGGAGAAAGCCUCACUGAUCCGCACGUUCCUUCGUUUUCAAAGAACCAGACUCAUCCUGUCAGUCAUCGUCGGGAUUUUCGCCAUGGUGGCGAUGUUCUUCGGCCCGGCCAUCCUGGUCUACGAGAUCUUAAACUACAUUGAAAACCCAGAGAUGUCCACGGUGACCCACGGUGUUGGCUUGUGUUUCGCUUUGUUCACCUCCGAGUUCUGCAAAGCUUUCUUUGUAUCAUUGCUGUGGGCGGUCAACCUGCGCACGGCGGUCCGUCUGAAGGGAGCCUUCUCUUCCAUGGCCUAUCAGAAGGUCAUCUCUCUGCGGGUGCACAACAGCAUUUCCAUGGGCGAGAUGAUAAACGUCCUGACCAACGACGGCCACAGAUUGUUCGAGGCAGCYUUGUUCGGGAGCUUCACUCUCUCCAUCCCGGUGCUCUUUAUCAUGUGCAUCGUGUACUCCUGCUAUGUGCUGGGUUACACCGCACUGAUGGGAGUCUUCACCUACCUCAUCUUUGUCCCCGUGCAGAUUGUCUUGGCCAAACUCAUCGGCAAGUUCAGACUGAAAGCCAUGCGGAUAACAGACAGUCGAGUUCGCACGAUGAACGAGAUCCUCAACAGCAUUAAGCUCAUCAAGAUGUACGCCUGGGAGGAGUCGUUUGAGAAGAAGGUGGCAGGAUUAAGAAAACCUGAGAAGAAGCAGAUCCAGCUGGUCAGUUACAUCCAGAAUGCAAACACCAGCAUCACCAGCAUCAUCCCCACCCUUGCCACGGUCCUCACCUUCAUGGUUCACACGUUGCUGCGUUUACCGCUCAACGCGUCUGAUGCCUUUACUACAAUUGCCAUUUUCAACUCCAUGAGGUUCUGCCUUGCUCUGAUGCCUUUGUCUAUGAAGGCCCAGGCUGAAGCUGUUGUCGCCAUAAAACGACUGAGGAAACUGUUACUGGUCCAGAACCCGGAGCCCUACUUGAUCCAGAAGAAGAGCAGCCGUUGGGCGAUUGUGAUGAAGAAGGCAACGCUCUCCUGGAGCCUACCAGACAUGCAGCCGGACACCGUCACUGGCCCGGACGGUCCCGGUAAAGAACACGAGAUGGCGAACGGGACGACCAAGAAAGGAGACGCCGACAAUUUGGUGACCCUGAGAAACAUUUCCUUCACACUGCCGAAGGGCAACCUGCUCGGUGUCUGUGGGAACGUGGGGAGUGGGAAGACGUCACUCAUUUCCAGUGUUCUGGAGCAGAUGCACCUUCUUCAGGGCUCCAUCACGACCAGUGGGACGUUUGCGUACGUCUCCCAGCAGGCCUGGAUUUUCCACGGAACGGUUCAGGAAAAUAUCCUGAUGGGAGAACCUUUGGAUCAGACCAAAUAUGACAGAGUUUUAGAAGUGUGCAGCCUCGAAGCUGAUCUGAAAAUCCUGCCAUAUGGUGACCAAACUGAGAUUGGAGAGAGGGGGCUGAAUCUGUCUGGAGGACAGAAGCAGCGGAUCAGCCUGGCCAGAGCCGUCUACUCCAACAAGGACAUCUUCCUCCUGGACGACCCGCUGUCCGCCGUUGACGUCCACGUGGGGAAACACAUUUUUGAAGAAUGCAUAAAGAAGGAGCUCCGAGGAAAAUCUGUCAUACUAGUGACACACCAACUCCAGUAUUUAGAGUUCUGCGAAGAGAUCCUGGUUCUGGAAGAUGGUGAGAUCCGGGAGGCUGGAGAUCACCAAACACUAAUGAAGGCCGAUGGACGCUACGCUCAGAUGAUCAGCAACUACCAGAUGGAGCAAUCCAAAACUCGGAAAGAAGACGAGGAGGAGGUUUCACCUGAAGAGACUGCCGAGCUGAAAGAGCCCAGACGGCGUGCCGACAGCGGCAUAAUGAACCCCGCGUUUGACAUGUCAGAUGAAAAGGAAGAUGGAACAACAGACAAUCAGAAAUCUGCUGAAAACACUGAUGAUCAGCUGGUCAGCAAGGAGACCUCAACAGAGGGAUCUGUCUCCUGGAGAGUUUACCACCAGUACUGCCAGGCAGUUGGAGGCUACUUCGUGACCCUCCUCACCAUCCUGAACAUUGUCCUCAUGAUCGGAUCCACAGCUUUCAGCAACUGGUGGCUCAGUCACUGGCUGGAGCAGGGUGAUGGGUCAGGAAACUCCACUUCAAACUCCACUUCGAACAGUAAUGUCUCACAAAAUCCUCACCUGUCCUACUACCAAACCAUUUAUGGAGUGAUGGUCAUUGUCACCACAGUACUAGCUGUGAUUAAAUGCUUCUUUUACACUCAUGUCACAUUAAGAGCCGCCUGCAAACUCCACGACCGCAUGUUCAAGAAGAUUUUUGCCAGCCCAAUGAGUUUCUUUGACACGACGCCAGCAGGACGCAUUCUGAACCGCUUCUCCAAAGAUCAGGAGGAGGUGGACACUGUGCUUCCUCUCCACAUGGACCCGUUUUUGCAAUUUUCUCUUCUCGUUGCCUUCACCAUCAUCAUCAUCGCCUCCAUCUUCCCCCUGAUGCUGGUGGUCGUGGUCAUCAUGGGAGUCUUGUUCGCGCUCAUUCUUUUCGUGUUUCAAAGAAGUAUUCGUCAGAUGAAGAAGAUGGACAACAUCAGUCGCUCUCCCUGCAUCUCCCUCACCACCUCGACUUUGCAGGGCCUCAGCACCAUCCAUGCCUACAACAUUCAAGACAAUCACAUCAAACUUUUCAAGUCCCUGAAUGACAUCAACUCCAACCACUAUUUGCUGUUUCACUCUGGCACUCGCUGGCUCUCAUUCUGGCUGGACUUCAUGGCCGCCACCAUGACUCUGCUGGUGUCUCUGUUCGUGGUGCUCAGCAGUAACGACCUCAUCAAUCCAGCCCUGAAAGGCCUGGCCAUGUCUUAUACCAUUCAGUUGACAGGACUGCUCCAGUACGUAGUGAGGCAGGCAACAGAAGUGGAGGCACGGUUCAAUUCGGUGGAACGACUGUUGGAAUACAUCAAGAACUGCGAGCCUGAGGCCCCCAGGCACAUAAAGGAUGCUCAUGUCCCAGAUGGCUGGCCCAAAGAUGGAGCCAUUACUUUCCGGGACUAUAAGAUGAGGUACAGAGACAACACACCCAUUGUCCUGAACGGCCUCGACUUUCGCAUUCGAGCUGGAGAGAAAGUUGGCAUCGUGGGAAGGACAGGCUCUGGGAAAUCCUCUCUAGGUGUGGCUCUGUUCAGACUGGUGGAGCCAGCAGCAGGAACCAUCCUUGUAGACGGAGUGGACAUCAUGGCCAUCGGCUUGCAGGAUCUGCGCAGCAAGCUGUCCAUCAUCCCUCAGGAGCCGGUGUUGUUCACAGGCACAAUCAGGUACAACCUGGACCCCUUUGAUAUCUACACUGAUGAGGAGAUCUGGGCAGUCCUGGAGCAGACCUACAUGAAGGACUCUAUCUCCAAGCUGGAGGAGAAGCUUCAGGCUCAAGUGUUGGAAAAUGGAGAAAACUUCUCUGUAGGCGAGAGACAACUCAUGUGUAUGGCUCGAGCACUUCUCCGUAACUCCAAGAUCAUCCUCCUGGAUGAGGCCACAGCCUCCAUCGAUGCAGAGACAGACACUCUGAUCCAGAACACCAUCAAGGAGUCGUUUCAGGACUGCACCAUGCUCACCAUCGCACAUCGCAUCAACACUGUGAUGCACUCAGACCGAAUUCUGGUCAUGGACAAAGGAAAGGUGGCAGAACUGGACCCUCCAGAGGUGCUGAAGCAAAGACCCGACUCUCUGUUCUCCUCUCUCCUCACUGCUGCCAACACUGUAAACACAUAAAACCUGUUGAUCAACACUGUUUCCCUUCAUGAAUUAACAACAGUUACAGUCGUACAUUAAUCAGUACUGUAACAAUUUAAGGUAAGAUGUGUUAGAACUGGAUUUUGUUAUAGUCGCAGGAGACAGAAAAUUAGUUUCCUUUUUUUCCCCGACUCUGUAAAUAGCUGUGUAUUUAUACCAAAAGUGUACUGAAAAAAAAGAUUGAUGUUUUUAAGUUUAUUUUAUCAGAGUGGAUGUGAUCUGUAAUAUGUUUUUUUUAAYCAUAUUUAUUUUUCUGUCACUUUCUGGACACUUAAAUUUAAAUAUUGGAUGUGUUGCCUACUUACACAUGCAAUGGGAAAUACAUUUUAAAGAGCUACGGCAUCAUAUUGCACGRAAAUCACGUAAAAAUUCAAUCCCAUACCAUGCUUAUGAGUGUCCACACAUGUUGCUGCAGGAACAAUGUAAUAAACUUUAGACAUGUGUAAGUUUUUUAUGGCAUUUAAUAAUGCACUCCUUUUGCAGUUAUUGUUGAUUAAUGUUUAGCAUCAGUUUUCACCGUUUGACCCAAUCAACUUCAGUAAAAUUAUAAGAAAACUCUGACUGAAGUGGUGCCUAAUGCUAGACAGGUUUGCUAACUGUAAAUUUAUUUAAAAUUAGGUUGAGAGAGAAGAUUGUUUAAGGUAUGUUAUUCUUAAAGAACCUCACAUAUAUUUAAUCGGUAGCACCAGGUUUUGAUGUUAAAUCCUAUAAAUGCAUCAGGGGUCUUACAGUGGAGGAGUCCUGUGCACUGUUUUGAAUGUUAUGAUGUGUAUAAAGUUGUAAUUUGUGCUCAGUUUAAAUUUUUGUAUUUUUGCAUUAUUUAUGUUAUGGAAAUAAAGUGUUUCUAUAAAAUCUG